AUGUAUGAUGCUUGUAUUCCAAUUAAUGCUGUGAAUUCUAGUUAUUAUCAACCUAUGUUCAAUGCUGUAGUUGCUUAUGGUCUUGGAUAUAGAGGCCCAAAUUAUCAUGCCCUUCAAGUGCCUUUGUUGAGAGACGCAAAAAGAGAAGUCCAAUUGAUUGUUGAUUCUCAUCGUUCAUAUUGGGCUGACACUGGUUGUACAAUAAUGGCUGAUGGGUGGACUGAUAUUAGGCAUAGAACAUUGAUUAAUUUCCUUGUCUAUUGUCCUAAGGGAAUUAUUUUUAUAUGUUUUGUUGAUGCUUCUAACUUGGUUAAGGAUGCUAUUAAUUUGAGUAACUUGUUUGAUGAAAUUGUUAGUUGGGUUGGUCUUGCAAAUAUAGUACAUUUGGUCACUGACAAUGUUGCAAAUUAUGUAGCUACUGGAAGAAUUUUGUGUGGAAAAUAUAGGAACAUUAGUUGGUCUCCUUGUGCAGCACAUUGCCUAAACCUCAUUUUUAAGGAGAUUGGGAAGAUGGAUCAUGUAGCUAAACUUGCAAAGCGUGCAUCCAAGAUCACAGUGUUUAUCUAUAACCAUGUGGCUUUGCAAGCUUGGUUGAGGACUAGAAAAAAUUGGACGGAAAUUGUGCGUCCAGGGCCAACUAGGUUUGCUACUACUUUCAUUGCCUUAGGGAGUCUUAAGGAACAUAAGCAUGACUUACAAGCAUUGGUGACUUGCAAAUUUUAUGUUGAAUCAAGAUAUGCAAAAGAUAAGAAAACAAAGGCAGUGGUGAAAAUUAUUCUUGACAAUCAAUUUUGGAAUGAUUGUCAUGUCAUUGUGCAUAUUAUGUCACCAUUGAUUCGUUUAUUACGCAUUGUUGAUUCUGAUGAAAAACCAGCUAUGUGUUAUGUAUAUGAUGGCAUGUAUAGAGUAAUUGAUGGAAUCAAAAAAAUUUUCAAGGACAAGAAGAGACUAUGGGAGCCUUAUGUUAAUAUUAUCAAGGAUCAUGUUAUUGAAUCAAAAGUUUCAGUUGGUCGGUUGAAGUUGGUGGAGGAAUUAAGGCUAUUUCGAGAGAGUAAACAAACUUUUGGAACCCAACUUGCUCAAGAAUCAGCCAAGACAUCUCAGCUGGAUGAGUGGUGGAAGUUGUUUGGAUCUUGUGCUCCAACCUUACAAAAGUUUGCAAUUCGGAUCCUUAGCCAAAUAGCUGCCUCUUCGGGAUGUGAGUGGAAUUGGAGUGUUUUUCAACAAAUACAUACCAAAAGAAGAAUUAGAUUGGAGCAUCAACGACUUAAUGAUCUUGUGUUUGUUCAUUAUAACUACCGAUUGAAAGAAACAGUCAAAAGGAAGAAGUUCAAUUUUGAUCCUAUUGAUUAUGCAAGUAUCGAUAAAACUGAAUUUUGGGUAGUGGAAGAUGAGGAACCUCCAUUUCUUGAUCAUGAGGAGAUAGAGAAUGCAUUAUAUGAAGAGGGAGCCUAUCCAAUUGAAGAAGGGUCUUCUAGCCAUAUACAAAGAGAUAUGGACAAUGAAGUGAUUGAGGAUGAUGAUGACAUUAAUUUGGAAUCAUUUGAUGAAGAAGAUGAAGAUGAGGAUGAUGAUAAUGAUGCUAGUGGUGGAGCAUUUGGUUCACAUGAUGAUAUUGAUUUCAAUUUUCUUCAUAACAAAUGA